UGGGGUUGAGGGUUGAUCUACAUCCAAAACUAGGAUCAAGUAAUAACUCUAAGUUGCUGCCCAAAGCUUGUUAACAAAUGACUGCAAAAGAGAAAGAUGCAUUUUUUAAGGUCUUAAAGGACAUUAAAUUGCCUGAUGAGUACUCAUUGGCAAUUCGAGGAUCUUUGCCUAAAAGAGUUGCUUCAAUUAUUAUUGAGUUGUGUCACCUCUUCAAAUGCUUGUGUGCAAAAGUUCUCAAAGAAUCUGAUCUUGAUGAGUUAAAGUCUCAAUCUGCAAUGAUUUUGUGUGAAAUGGAAAAGAUCUUCCCACCUUCAUUCUUCACUAUGAUGGUACAUCUUAUCAUGCAUUUGGCAGAAAAGGUAAAGCUUGGUGGGGCAGUUGCUUAUAGGUGGAUGUACCCCAUUGAACGAUAUUUAGAGGGGGUUGAGACAAGAUGUAAUAGACCUUUACGUUAUGAUGAUGAAGAUGAUAUAGAGCAUUCUAAUGAGGGGGUGUUAAGGAUAAAGCUUGACUCUCAGUCCUUGCUCCAAGCCCAUCGAUACAUUUUUUUUAAUACUUAUGAAGUCACUCCCUUCAUUGAACAACACAAGGAUUUUUUAAAGAAACAACAUCGCUCACUUCGCCUAUCACAGUUUCAGAUUGAAAGGCAUCAUUCCUUGACAUUUCAUGAAUGGUUUCAUGAUCGAGUUACACGAAUGGAACAACAAGGUUAUGCUAUUUUUCAAAAAAUUAAGUGGCUUUCAAAAGAACCAAGUGAUGUUGCUCUGACCUAUUCUGGAUAUUUGGUAAAUGGAUUAAGAUUCCAUACCAAAACUCAUGAGAAGAACUUGAAAACACAAAACAGUGGGGUGGCAGUUAUAUAAAAAAUCACAAGUUAUUCUAGUAGAAAGGAUAAUCAACUAGUGGAAGGAGAGAUAAAUUUCUAUGGUGUGUUGCAACAAAUAAUAAAUUGAACUAUUCUGGUUUCUAUAGAGUUGUGCUUUUUAAGUGUGAUUGGGCGGACACCCAAACAGGAUGCAAGAAAGAUGACUUUGGUUUUACGUUGGUCAAUUUCAAUCGUUUAUCUCACACUAGUAGUAAUCCUAGUGAUGACCCCUACAUAUUUGCUUCUCAGGCUAGUUAAGUGUUUUACAUUGAUGAUGCAAGAGAAAAAGAUUGGCAAGUAGUCAAGCAUGUGAAGGUCAAAGGUGCCUUUGAUUUGGGAGAAGUGAUACCUAUUAGAGAAGAUGAAGUUGGCGGAACAGACAUGGCAUCCACUUGGAUUAGGAGAGAGAUACUGAGGAAGAGGGGAUUAUUUUAACACCAAAUAUGGAAGUUCAAAACUAUGAUGAUGAAGAAAUUGAUGAUUAAAUUUGAGUUUGCAGU